AAAAAAUGCUUAGGGAUAAACAAAAAAAAUUCUUAUAAAUAAAAUAUAAUUGUAAUAUAUGUAGUUAAUUUUGUAAGAUUAAAUCUUAUAUUGUGAUCUCCGUAAUGGAACAAUCAAAUAUUACAAUUUCUAUUCAAACUAACACACUCAUAGAACUGACUACAACAAUCACCAAAACAACCACUUGUGGUAAAAAAAAAUGUGUAAAUUAUAAAUUAAAAUACAUUAUACUUAAAAUAAUAUAUAUUUAUGUAGGAAAUGUUACAAAUGAGCAUAAAGUUACAGAAAAAUUAAAAACAUUAACCCAACAUAUAGUUAAUGGAUAUGUAUACCAAAAUGGAAUUUUAGAGUUAGACUUAAGAAAGUCAUUUACACCUGAAGUAUUAAGAAACAACAGAUUGAAUUUUAAUCACCCAAAAACAAAUAACACUAAUCUCAUUGCAUGUGCAAAUCAUAUUGACAGUCACAAUUUAACAGCUUAUAACAUGAAUACUAAUUUUUCUACAAUAACUAAGAAACCACAACAAAAAUCAAAUUUUACUACACAAAGUGUUCAGACUAACCCAUGGAUGAAAAAUGCUUCGACAAGUAUGAAUAAUUUAGUAACAAAGCCACUAAAAUCAAUGUUUUUUGAUAGAAAACCAGUUAAAGAUGAAAAUAAUGAAACUUGUUCAGAACAUAAAUUGUUUGAUACCAAAAUCGAUAACUAAUAAUGAAUAAAAGUUUAUUUAAAUAAAUAUGCUAAUUUUAUAAUAUAUA